AACUCCAUGUAGGUAAGUUGUAAGAGCUCAACUCACAAAGUACAAAAAAAUGGGUCGAAGCUCAUCUCUUCUCUCCUUCUCUUUUACACUCUUUAUCCUCUUCCAUGGCUACACUGCCCAACAGUGGCCCAACGAGUGCCAGCUCGAUCAACUAAAUGCACUCGAGGCGGAUCAGAUCAUCGAAAGCGAGGGUGGUCGCAUCGAGGUGUUUAACCAUCAUGCACCUCAGCUACGUUGCUCUGGCUUCGCUUUUGAGCGUUUUGUCAUUGAUCCUCAGGGUCUCUACUUGCCCACUUUCUUGAACGCCGGCAAACUCACGUUUGUCGUUAACGGACGGGGUCUCAUGGGAAGAGUGGUUCCGGGAUGCGCCGAGACGUUUAUGGACUCAGAGGUGAUUCAACCGGGUGAGCAGUUUGGAGAGGGUCAAGAACAGGGACAGGGACAGGGUCAGGGAUUCCGUGACAUGCACCAGAAAGUGGAGCACAUCCGGUGCGGUGACACCAUAGCGACUCCUCCUGGUGUGGCUCAGUGGAUCUACAACAAUGGAAAUGAGCCUCUAAUUCUUGUCUCAGCCGCCGAUCUCGCCAACAACCAGAACCAGCUUGACCGCAACCUCAGACCAUUUUUGUUAGCCGGAAACAACCCACAAGGGCAGAAAUGGCUACAAGGCCGAAGGCAACAGAAACAAAACAACAUCUUCAAUGGCUUCGCACCUGAGAUCUUGGCUAAAGCCUUUAAGAUCAAUAUCCAGACGGCUCGGCAGCUGCAGAACCAGGAUGUUAACCGUGGCAACAUCGUCAAGGUCAAUGGUCCGUUCGGCGUUAUUAGGCCACCAUUGAGACGCGGCCAACAAGGCGGCCAGCAACCACAGGUAGAAGGUAAUGGUUUGGAGGAGACUUUGUGCACAAUGCGAUUCACCGAAAACCUCGAUGACCCGUCGAGUGCUGACGUGUACAAGCCGUCACUCGGAUACAUCAGCACACUCAAUAGUUACAAUCUCCCUAUUCUCCGUUCUCUACGCCUUAGUGCUCUUCGUGGCUCCAUCCGUAACAACGCUAUGGUGCUACCGCAAUGGAACGUGAACGCAAACGCGGCACUCUACGUGACAAAUGGAAAGGCUCAUAUUCAGAUGGUGAACGACAAUGGACAGAGAGUAUUCGACCAAGAGAUCUCUAAAGGACAGUUACUUGUGGUGCCACAAGGCUUCGCCGUCGUGAAACGUGCCACUGGCGAACAGUUCGAGUGGAUCGAAUUCAAGUCUCAUGAAAACGCACAGAUCAAUACACUCGCGGGACGUACCUCAGUCAUGAGGGGCUUACCACUUGAGCUUAUAUCUCAUGGUUAUCAGAUCUCGCUCGAAGAAGCUAGGCGGGUUAAAUUUAGCACGCUCGAGACCACAUUGACUCAUAGCAGUGGUGGUCCGAUGAGCGGUAGGCCGAGGGUCGAGGCUUGAUGUGCUCGUGGUUGAACAGCUUUUAAAUGUUUGGUUUGUUUCGUACGGUUUGUAAUAAUAAGAAAUAAUAAUGUAGAAAAGAAGUUGGACGACGCUAUAAGGCAACUGUUUUUGUUUUUGAGUUUCUUUUUAGGACGCCUACAGUACGUACCAACAACGAACGUCGUAUAGAAGUGAUCGUUGGUACAUAUAUGUAACUCUUUCCUGAAUAAAGUGUUAAGUUAGAGUCUUUAAUUA